AGCAUUUCCUCUUUAGGGCGAGAAGAGGGCUGAGCGCGCCGGGGGUUUGAAGGGAAGCGCUCUGCCUACUGCAGGGAGGUGACACCGGCGAGGCCUAACGUUACCCACAAACCCCCGCAAGUCCAGACUGGGGGACCUUGGAGAUCCACGAGAUUUCCAGAGAAGGAAACUGAGGCCCAAGGAGCUGUAUGACUUAACCAAGGUCACGAAGUAGAACCCGGGAUUGGAGCCCGGGACGUUGAAAUGAAGGUGUCUUGCAUGGCAGCUCCGAGGCAGCGCAGAGGCGCGGGAAGGCAGACCACCCCCAGCCUCGGGCUGCGGCCUCGCCCUCCUAGUGGUGCCUCCCGCUCUCCAUUCCUCUGCUCCCGUUUCUUCCUCUGGCCCUUGGCCCGCGGGACAGAGCAGCCCUGGAUUGGGAGGCUCCUCCGGUCUCAGGCUCAGGUGCAGAAGCAAAGCCCCUAACUGGAAGGCCCAAAGGCGGGCCCGUGUGGAAGCUCUGCCGGGGGCUGAGGCCAGCCUGGGUUGGGGGGUCCCUCCUUGCAGUAGGCAGCCUGUCAGUGGAUGUCUCCGCCUUAGGGAAAUUGGAGGUGGAACCGUCUAGUCUUGAAGAUCAACGGAGCGUGAAGAGAGGAGCUUGCAGCUUGAGCACUGCAGAUAGGAGCGCGUCCCUUGCUCCCGCCAGGCAGCCCCUCAGUAGGGCGGCGCCGCCGUAUGCUGCUGUGCCUCGGAAUCCGCGCAAGGUGAGCCGCUCUUCUUCAGCGGCAGCGCCACCUGGCGGCCGUGGUGCCUUGGUAUGGGAGGCACUGGGCCUGGACUGGGCGCUGAGCUCACGCGGGCUGCAGGCGUCUGCAGAGCCUUGCACCGAGUUUCCCCGCGACGGAGGGUGGGAGGAGUCCCCGGCGGGAAGGUGAUCCCUAGGGGGCCGGGGAGGGGCCCUGGGGAGGAGCCUGGUCUGGGGACGCCCGACUUCCGUGACACAAAAGACAAAGUCCAUUUGGAUGGAAGUAGGAGUCGGGCGAGACAGGCCAUUUUCACUCUGUAGUCAAAGGAAAUGACUGGUCUGACGCGGUCUAGGAGCGGGGCACCCAGGGCCUAAGGACAACUCUGGGGCCAUGACAUCCAUGAUUCUCACAAAGGACCCUAAGAUUUCUAUGCUGUGAGCAACUGGACCUGUUCUGAGACCUUUGCCUUAGAGGAUGGCCAAGGGGCUCCUGGUGACCUAUGCCCUUUGGGCUGUGGGGGGCCCUGCUGGGCUCCACCACCUAUACCUAGGAAGGGACAGCCAUGCCCUGCUCUGGAUGCUGACCCUGGGGGGCGGUGGGCUGGGCUGGCUUUUGGAGUUCUGGAAGCUCCCAAGCUUUGUAGCUCAGGCCAACAGAGCCCAGGGACAGAGGCAGAGCCCCCGAGGGGUGACACCCCCUCUAAGUCCCAUUCGAUUUGCCGCCCAGGUGAUAGUUGGCAUCUAUUUUGGCCUUGUGGCACUGAUUAGCCUUUCUUCCAUGGUCAACUUCUAUAUCGUGGCCCUCCCACUGGCAGUUGGCUUAGGAGUCUUGCUGGUGGCUGCUGUUGGCAACCAGACCUCAGACUUUAAGAAUACUCUUGGGGCAGCAUUUCUCACUUCCCCUAUCUUCUAUGGCCGCCCCAUAGCUAUCCUGCCCAUCAGUGUGGCCGCCAGCAUUAUAGCUCAGAAGCAUCGCCGCUACAAAGCAUCAGUGGCAUCAGAGCCACUCAGUGUGAGGCUCUACCGGUUAGGCUUGGCUUACCUCGCUUUCACGGGCCCACUGGCAUACAGUGCCCUCUGCAACACAGCUGCCACCCUCAACUAUGUGGCAGAAACCUUUGGCUCCCUCUUGAACUGGUUCAACUUCUUCCCCCUUCUUGGCCACCUUAUGGAGCUUUUCCUCCUUCUGCCUUACCGGAUUUGGAGGCUGCUGAUGGGGGAUCCUGGCUUCAACAGCAGCUACUUCCAGGAGUGGGAGAAGCUCUAUGAGUUUGUUCAGAGUUUUCAGGAUGAGAAGCGUCAACUGGCUUAUCAGGUUUUGGGCCUCCCAGAAGGGGCAACAAAUGAAGAAAUACAUCAGAGUUAUCGGGAGCUAGUGAAGGUCUGGCACCCAGACCACAACCUGGACCAGACAGACGAGGCACAGAGGCACUUCCUGGAGAUCCAGGCUGCAUAUGAAGUACUGAGUCAACCCAGGAAGCACAGGGGAUCCUGGAGGUGAGAAGAAACUUCCCCCUGAGGAUGGACUUCCUAGCAGAGCUUGGCAACUUGUCCCAAAUCUAGCUUUGCCCACAAAUGGCAUCCCAACAGCAUUAAAGAAACUGCUUGGUGGCUCAUGCCUGUAAUCCUGGCACUUUGGGAGGCUGAGGCGGGCAGAUCACCUGAGGUCAGGAGUUCAAGACCAGCCUGACCAACAUGGAGAAACCCUGUCUCUACUAAAAUACAAAAAAUUAGCCACGUGUGCUUGUGCACACCUGUAAUCCCAGCUUCUGGGAAGGCUGAGACAGGAGAAUGGCUUGAACCUGUUAGGUGGAGGUUGCAGUGAGCCAAGAUCGUGCCAUUGCAGUCCAGCCUGGGCAACAAGAGCGAAACUCCAUCUC